UAGGGUCUGAGUGGUGGGGGAGGCGGCAGUCAAGCAGAAUUUGCGGGGUGGGGGUGUUUUCCUCUGGGGAGCGUCUUUAGUUCCCCCCCUCCCUCCCUCCCUGGCACAGCAACCAGACAAGAAGAGGCGGGGUUGGCAGUCACCGCUCGCGGAAGGUGAAAGUGGUUGGAACGUUCCUGGGGUUCUGGAACGGUGGGAAUCCGAACAGAGCCACGCCCCCUUUUCCUCCCUUCUCCGCCUGCGAGCUUUCAGUCCGCGUUUUCUACCGCCUCGAUCGUUCCUGCCUUAAAAGAAUGCCUCUGUCUCUUCCUGUUGGGUUCUCCUUUUAGAAGUUAAGUAUAAUGUCUCUAUGUUAUGUUUGCUGAAUGGUUUUCUUGUCCCUAAACCUUUCUAGCCAUUUGAGAUUUACUACACUGAAUCAAAAGCAAGAUGUUGCCUACCACAUCAAUUAAUCCCCGCGAUCAGGGCAAUGGAUCUUUAAAUACUAGAGCAUCAGCAAGACACACAGCUGGGGCAAAACGCUAUAAAUACUUGAGAAGACUCCUUCAUUUUCGUCACAUGGACUUUGAGUUUGCUCUGUGGCAGAUGUUGUAUCUGUUCACUUCACCACAGAAGGUAUACAGAAAUUUUCAGUAUAGGAAGCAAACAAAAGACCAGUGGGCUAGAGAUGACCCUGCUUUCCUUGUGUUGCUGAGUAUCUGGCUGUGUGUAUCCACUAUAGGAUUUGGCUUUGUGUUAGGCUUGGGAUUUGUUGAAAUGAUAAAGCUGCUGCUGUGGGUCGUGUUUAUAGACUGUGUAGGAGUUGGCCUUCUAAUUGCAACUUUAAUGUGGUUUAUCUCCAAUAAAUUUUUGCUAAAGCAUCCGAACAGGGACUAUGAUGUGGAAUGGGGAUAUGCCUUUGAUGUUCAUCUGAACGCUUUCUACCCACUUCUUGUUAUCCUGCAUUUUAUCCAGUUGUUUUUCAUUCAUUAUGUAAUUUUAUCAGCAUCGUCUAUUGGCUAUUUUGUUGGAAAUACUUUCUGGCUGGUUGCAAUUAGCUAUUACAUCUAUGUGACAUUUCUGGGGUACAGUGCACUGCCAUUCCUGAAGAACACAGUGAUCCUUCUGUAUCCAUUUGCGCUUCUCAUCUUGCUGUACGUGGUCUCUUUAGCCAUUGGAUGGAACUUUACUAAAGCACUUUGCGUUUUCUACACCUACAGAGUAAAAUAAACUCAUCUCCAAUAAAUAACACCUUGUACAAAUGUCAAACCAGGUGAAAUGAAGAUACUCUUGUACAUUCCUGUAAAUAACUCCUCACUGUAGAUCAGUGUAUACAAAAUGUUUGGGGUUUUUUUUAAAAAAAAAGCACUGACAGCCUUCUGACAAUAAGCCUUCUAUAUCCCUCCUUUGUGGAAGAGUUGUAUAUCUCUGUAAUAAAGAUUCUUUUUAAAAUUCAA